AUGACCACCAACAGACCCUUCUUCGGCGGCUUCCUCGCCGCCUUUCGCGCGCAACAACCCAACCUGCAGAAGACGACAGCCUCUCAAGCGGCGUCUGUAGCCUCCUACUCGCAGAACGCCACCUCACAGCAAAGCCAGACCCUCGACACAGCAGCAGCAUCGUCACGAACCAUCACCACCAAGACGCGCUCCCCAUCGCCUGGUGCGACGACAGUAUCUGUACAAGCAACAGGCCACUUCCAACCCACCAGACAACACACCGCCCCCUACAACCGCUCCACAUCCCCCAAGGCCCAGGCCUUUCCAAUACCAGGCGCGUCGCAACGAGGUAGAAGAGGCUCGGAUAGCUCAUCAGAAGGUUUCCACGAAGCCAUGGGCGCCGAGAAGUGGUACAUUGGUGGACGAACAGCAACAGGCGAGGAGAAGUUCUACAAGCUGGGCAUGGUCAAGCGACACAGAAGCGCCGAUCGCCUGAGUCUAGACAAGCUCAGCAUAUGA